ACAGUCUUGACAAGCCUUCUUCAAGAGGCGCAUCCGUGAAAAAAUGAACAGCGCGACUCAUUUUGUUAUACAGACAAAAAAGAAAGAUAUUUAACUGUAAAGUUGUUGCAAAGAAGUGGAGCUAAAAUAGACGAAUGCCAACGUUUGGUUUGAAAAGCAGAAGGAAAAACCUAUCACUACAGAAGAGGAUUCUUCCGUUGUACAUAUUUCAGAAAAUCAAUAGGACGAACAAGAAACGGAAAGAAGUUUUUAAAAAAUCUGAAAACGAGAAAUAAAACAAGCGGCAGACGAACUUUAAAACCAACUUUGAUCAUUUCAAGACUGCAAACAUCGGCCAAAGGAUUGAAGAAUUGGGUGGAUACGUCGAGGGAAAGGAGAAACAGCACUUAUUGAGAAACUGCUCCCACGAAAAGAAUCCUGACAUCGACUUCCGUGACAACUGUUCCAUCCUAUUUAUACAAGUGCUCUGAACAGCCACAAUGUUCAACAGAGCAGCAGCGCUGUCAGCGAUGAUGAUGAUGCUGAUGAUUCUUGGGAUGGGAGUGGAGACAGCACCCACGGAGAGAGGUCCUCUUCCCGGUCUCGCCCGCACGCCAGCUGUACCGGAGAAGUCUCCGGGACCGAAUCUGAGCCAGUAUCUGAAACAGUGGCUCGCUAGUACCAGAGCAGCCGGAGCGGAGGGGACGACGAAAACCACCACGAGGACCCUCACCGCCGGCAGCAGGGCUGGGAGAUGGAGGAGCAGCCCCGGGGCCGCCGGCCCGGGGAAACAAGCCCACAUGCUGAAGAUGAUCUCAGCCCUGGAAGAGCUGCACAGGACCUUCAACAGCACGCUGGGCUCGCGGAUCACCAUCAUGCCGCGAGCAAAUGGCAGAAGUUCGGGGAGAAAAAAUAAAGUGCACCCCCCUGCCGAGGGAGGCGUGAAGUCGACCACGGCGUCCCCAGCGGCAGCAGUCGACAGCACUGCAUCCAGGGCCAGCGCGGACGCCAUCGUCCCCAGCAUGACCGGCCGAAACUUCAGGAAGUCCAUCCCACCGCAGGCCAAGAAGACGAACAAGAGAGUGUGCUUCUGGAAGUACUGCUCCCAGAACUGAUCACCGCCCAGCCAGUGUUUGAUCCAUCUUUUAUUGCUCCUCAUCUCCUAUCACCAUCUCCCAUCCAUCCAUCCAUCCAUCCAACCAUCCCCCGUAACAGUAUACAAUGUUUCUGAAUUGCAUGGUACUAAAUUUAAAAAGACUGUGCACAGCUGAUCCUACAAGCAUCUACAAAGACAUGAUGAAGUUUUCCACAGUCAGCUCUGAACUGAUAAAACUGUGAAGAGUUUUAUGUUGGUCCAAUCUUUUUUUUUUUUAUGUGAAUACACAAUUUGUCAUAGCAGAUUUUGCAGGUCAAACGAAGUUUACUUUCAGCAGUAAUGUAAGACUCCAGCCCCCAUAAAAGAAGUUGUUUCAUUUGCUAAAAUUGCAUGGUGCUCGUUUACACCAUUGGUGCUGGUUCACAUUUAACAGUUAGAGUGGUUCAUGCAUACGUUGCUGGAGAUGGUGUAAACUUACCCACAUCAUGCAGAAUUAUGUCAUAGAAAAAAAGUAGUUUGUUGGUGACAUUUAUUACGAGGAAAUGUGUAAAGAAUAAAUCUUAAGGAUCCAUCGUAAAAUGUUAGUACCGAAUGUGUGCCUUCAGAAACGGAACUUUCUUGAACUGUGGUUUCAUCCAUCCAUCUAUACGUCGGUGUCCAUCCCUCUAUCCCUCCAUCCCUCCAUCCCCCCUCCCGUCUCCCUCCUUCUCCUCUGUCUCUCCUCUGACUUCUGUGUGCUAAGAAACUGUCGCCAUGGCACCAGAAAUCCCUGUGUGCCCCCCCCCCCUCCUCUCGACACCGGCGCCAGCCUUGACUCAGACCUUUUCAUUCACUCAUUAAUUAACAAGACUGACCAAUCAAAGAAGACGAUGUGUGCCUGCGGCGGGCGCAUGAACUCCUGUUAACCCUCUCUUUUCCCUUUUAAGACAGACACACGUCAGUUUUGUAAGUGUGUGUGCAAACCUUCAAAUAAAGUUUCAUCUCUGGCAUGGCAACAA